AGUAACGUAUAAAAAAAUUGAGAUAGACUCGUUUCGUUAAAAGGAAAUUUCGCGACAAUUAUUUUAAGCAAUACCAAAUUCAAUAUAAAAAUAGCGUUUGUCUAUAAUUAUUUAUACGCUUAUGUAUAAUCAGGCCAUUAAUAAAUAUUACCGUUAAUGACAGAAGCAAUUAUUACAGGAAUAUUGAAAAGAAUGUUGAAAAUAAGAAUACAGACUCUCAAGAUAUCGGAGUUGUUCCCGAAUCGACCGAUCGUGCGAACUUCAAUGACGAUAAAAUGUUAGAAGAUCCUCUCGAGACCGUGGAAAAAUCUAUUGCUCAAAGCAUUGUCGAUAAUAACACUUUUGGGCAGGAAAAAAGUUUCGACGAUUCUGAAAAUGUUUCAAAAAAUUCUCGGUACUACGAAGAGAUUAAGGAGCCAUUUUCGUUCCGCGAGGAAAUUAACGAAAAUAAUUUACGAGACGAGUCUUAUUACGGCACCCAGCCGACGUUCGAUGCGAGCGAAAUUAUGAAUUCUUCUGCUAUGAAUAAUCAAAAUCUAUCAAACGUCGAUUUAUCACAGAGCUCGGCAACGUCGAAAAACGAAGGGGACAUCAAAAUCUCGCUAAUUGGCAGGAUUCAGGUGCGCGGCAUUUUCAAUGAGACGCCCAUGCUAAUAAGCAUUGAUGCCAUUCCCGACGGGUCUUCUGCAACGCAGACUUCGAUUUCCACAGGAUUGUCGAACACUGUUAAGGCGAUAGAGGCUACCGCCAUUAAUCAGCCUCUGAAUGAUUCAAACGUGGUAUCUACCUUUGAUCUUUUAUCCAUAAGCGAACGCGCAAAUGACGAGGCAAGCGAUUCAUUAAACACGAUAUCAAACGAGAGCUGGGAAGUCGGAAACAUGGACGAAGUUACAAUGAAGUCCCGCGACGAGUUCAUCGAUCCGUUGCGAGGAAGCGGGAAGGAGGGAAUAGCGGCGAAAAAAAAUCCCUCCCAAAUUAAAAAGCGAUUGGAUCGGAAUAAUGCGAAAUCGAAAUCGGCCAAACAGGUUUUUCCAACGGAUCAUUCGGGCGAACCGGAUGAGGAGAGGGACGCAACGAGCAUCGGAAGGGUGAUUUCUGCGCGAAGCGGCGGGACCGUCGGCGAACCGGAUUCUCGCUCAUCCGCGAGUUCGGUGCAUUUUCCGGAUAUUUUGGGAUCCGUUUUGAUCAACAACGACAGUCUGAAGGAACCCCGAUGUCGAACCGACGUUCCCACGAUCGAAACGAAUCGAUCCAAUUCGAUCGAGAUUAACCCGCCAAAUGCUACGCUUCAUAUCGUACCGUUGGUGCACAUCAGUAUCGAGAAGCCAAGAGACAAUCUUGCGAACGGUGGAAGUAUCGGAACGACGUGUUGCCCUCGCGAGGAUCCACGGAAUGCCACUUUCGGCGGUUGUUACGGAAUGCCCGCGACCGUUCGGAAACUCGAAAUUACUACGGCGACUUCGCGCGAGUUGCAAACUUCGAGCGAUUAUCGGGACGGCGAUUCCGCUGCAACUUUUCUCAGAUUCUACGAAACGACUGUAAACGACCGGAAUGCGGUGACCAUGAGCUCCUCCUCGCCGUCAACGCGACUGCAGAACGGCGGCGACGCUCUCGAAGCCGCAGGAGCCGAGUGCACGACGAACGAGACGCGUUCCACCGCGACACCUGAUAAAUGCAACGACGAGUCGGUGAAUGCAAUUCGUAUGAGAAACACGAUGGCCAUCGUGAGAUUUCUGACGAAGCUGCUGCGAAUCGUGGCGGAGGACGAGGAGCCGCCUUGUCCGGAAGCUCGGAUCGGCGACACGGUGAUUCACGUGAAGAACGUAAUUAUUAAUGCGUCGAGUCACGUGGGACGGCACAAGAGCGCUACUGACAGGACGGUAAUAAAAUCAGGAGGAACGAGGCAGGACGAACUUACGACCGCUGAGUGGCGAUCGGCAAUCACGGAAAGGACGCGCGAGAAAUCGUCGUCGCCUUUGAGCGACGGUACUUUUGAGUCCUUCGCUGAAACGUCCACCUUGCCAACCUUUUCCGAUGAAGUGUCCAAGGACGAAGGGCUAUCCACCGCGCUCUUUGAUACGUCCACGGGAGAGGAAGUAUACGCCUCCACUUCAUCGAGCACGGCUCCUUCCGCGACGCCCAAGUCCUUUCUAUUUUACGAGCCCGCACGAAAGUCGCUUCGCAAAGGCGCCUCUCGGAAAAAUACCGGAGUCGAGCUAACGGGUGUAAAACAAAAUUCGAGCGUUCCCUUUAAAGGUUCAAAGGACAUGCCGGGUGAAAAGGAAUCUCAAUUGGACGGCGGCCAAACGAACCGUUCGUCUUCACGGGUGCAGGAUCGCGGCUCCGUCGAUCGACGUCAAUUCGGUAAACAAGGAAUUGCUCCCACGACAAAUGCCGUGGAUAAAAUCGAAUCUUUCCAGGAGAAAUAUUUGGCAAGGAGUAGAAACGUCGGGUCGGAAUCGACGAGCGUCGCUAAUGGUAUCGUCAAGCCGACACUUCCGCGCGAUAUCGAUAUCUCGCGAGAUGCUUCAUUAGAAAGAAUCGGUGCCACGAGAGAAAACAAGCGCGAGCGCGCAAAGUCGAAGAGGGCCGGGAAGGCGGUGGUGGUAUCAGAUCGGCGCGCCGAAACGAGAACGAAAUUGCUUAACCGUUCCACGAGAGGAGGUCCUCCGGGAGAUUGGAUCGGGGAACACUGGGCGGUCACGCGGCGACUGCCGAUCGAUAAGAAACUGCGGGAAUCGCGCAAAGUACCGGGUGGAACUGCAACGCCGGGAAAAGUCGUAUUUCGGCGCGUCCGCGGCAAGAUUAACCGCCCUCCUGACCCAAAUCUCGUUAGCGGUGGAAGUGAUUCGUUUAAGAUCGAAGGGAACGUCGCCGGAAAUGGCCCUCUGGCAAAACUUUCGACCGAUGAUGCUUUAUCCGCCGCCGUCGGCGGAGGUUUGAGUUCCUUUGAAAGAAAAGAUAUCUCGGAGAACGCAAUUCGAUAUUCGUCAACUUCUUCGUUAAUGAGCGAUAACGUUGGCACUUCUAACAUCGACAAAGGAAUCGCGAACGAACAUAAAAGCAUUCCGAACAAGAAGCGAGAUGUCAGCGAGAGUCGCGAUUUCUGGAGAGGUAUUCGCGUACCAAGGAAAGAACAGAAAGCCACGAGCCCGACGAGGAGGAAGACAAAGCGGCGGAGGAAAAAGAAGAGGAAGAAAGGCAGUCAGCGGACGAAAGAUAUUUCGGAGACUGAAAACCAGCGGCGUUUCAAGAGACACUUAUUAAUGGCGUCUUUCGAACCGGAGUAUGACGCCGAUGACGCUGCAGCAAGAUUUUCGAGACGCCGCGUCGCCGCGGGGAGAAGAAACGCCGAGAACAUUCGGAUGCGCGCGGGAAACAACGCGGCGAAGAGACGACGACGACGACGACGGCGCGAACGCGACGGAAGUCGAACGGUCGAUGGAUCGGAAGAAGCCGAUCCCGGCAGCACGGCGCAAAUCCGCGGUGGUCAAGACUGCACGGAUCGUCGACACCCGCCGAAUAUCGAUGCACCAAAAUAUCUCGAGUCCGCGCAUUGUUUGCGCUUUAGUGAUUUAUGGUAAGUCACCUAUGGGGAUUUGAGGGGGAUCGCGGGCCGUGAUUCAUGUCGAAUGUAACGCUUGUUUCAUUGAGAAAGGGGAUGCGAAG